AGUUUUGGGGGAGUGCAUAUAAUCAACAUAUUAUCGAAGGUGCUUAGAUAUUGAUCCUGUAUUUCGAGGUAGUUCAAAUUCACGUCUCUUGGACCUUCCGGCAUCACCUUCAAUUCUUCCCCCCCGCGACUGGUGGAGAAUAAUUCACGCGUAAAAAUGCCGAAGAGAAAGAAUGAGGGUCCCGAGGGCAAGGAUGCCUCCAAAGUCACAAAACAAGAGCCCAGAAGAAGGUCAGAAAGACUGAAAGUUGCCCCACCCAAGCCUGAGACCAAGCCCAAGAAGGCCAUCGUCAAGAAGGCGAUAGACGAGAAGGUGGUCAAGGCAAGGAAACCCACCAAGGGAAAGAAGGACGACAGCCCCGCCCAUAACGGAGAGACCAAGACCAAUGAGGAAACUGAAGCGGCAGAGGAGGCUAAGGAGGAGAAGGCGUAAAGACAUGGACGCGUCCACCGACCCGUCCCCUCUGACUCCAUGGCAGCAAAGCAUCUUUUUUUACUGACGAUUUUUGUACCAUGCAGACAUUUUUUUUAGACUUGUGAUAGUAGAGACGGACAACCAGCAGCCCCCCGUCCCCCACAUGUUCACACUCCUUUUUCAGCUCCUCCAACUACAGUAUGUUUUUGCUCGAUUCUCCUCCCUCCGUUCCGUAUAUCGCUAAACAGUUUUCCUCUCAGAAACGUGCAGACCGAAUGAAAUGGCUUGGUCCGACGUCUGCGUAUGUUCUCCAUUGUGCCUGAAGGUGGGCUGUAAACGCGACUGUUAUGAUCUUUAAACAAACUCUGCCUGUAUUCAUAGUUAUUCUACUCCACAAUAGAUUAUCAUUUAAUUUUGGAUAAAUUCGGCCUGAUAUGUAAAAGUGAGGAUUAGAGGAUUAGUUUGUUGGCAGAGCUUUAGAAACAAGGCCCAUAGUCACCGUGGAGAACAUCUGCAGCUUUUAUUUUUCUUAAGAAUCACCACCACUGUGUUUCACAUAGCUCCUUUUGUAUGUGUGUGCCGGCGUGAAUGUGUUUGUGGGUCUCUGUGUUUGACUUUGUUCACUUUGCCCCCCCACCCCGGAACGCCUUGUCCCGCAGCAGAGUGACAUAGCAAUAAUGAGUGGUGCUUCUGUUCUAGACGGCUUUAUUGGCUUUGGACCCUCUAGUUUCAACCUGUUGGGAAAAUAUUUUGAGAUUAAAGAAAAAGUUGAUGUCU